AUGGGAAGCGACUUUGUACCCCUCACGCUCACUGAAAUUAUGGACGGGAAACGCCCCGAAAAUCGUCCGAUCCGUGUGCUCUGUGAAGGCGUCUUCGAUUUGUUCCACAUUGGCCACAUUGGAGUUUUGCGACAAGCCAAAACCGCGUUUCCGGAUAUCAUUUUGGUGUCUGGAGUAAAUACAGACGCUGACGUCAUCACCUACAAGGGCCAUGGGACGGUGAUGAGCUACAGCGAACGGCUGACCAGUUUGGAGAAUUGUCGAUACGUCGAUGAAGUCCUCUACGACCUUCCAUACGUCUACGACCUUGAAUAUCUGAAUCGAAACCAGAUCGACCUGGUUGCCCACGACGAUCUGCCCUACAUUCCAAGCCCGGAUGCCCCGGUGGAAGUGCUAAAUUUUUACGAUAGAUUUAAGGUA